GUGAACUGCAGGAAGAUCCCAGCCCUGUACACAUGGGGCAGAGCCAGCCAAGAGGCAGGGAGAGGCCAGAGCUGUCGUUCCGGGCAACCCACUCGAGGAUGGCUCCCAGUCUUCCGGAAGGUGCUCGGCUUGGAGAAAGCAAACCCUCGCCCUGCUCCUUUUCCAUUGAGAGCAUUUUAGGACUGGACCAGAAGAAAGACUGUGUUCCCUCAAUGAAACCCCACAGGCCCUGGGCCGACACCUGCGGCUCCUCAGCCUCAGAAAGACUUUCGUUGAAAAGAGAGCUGAGUUGGUAUCGAGGCCGGAGACCCAGAACUGCUUUUACUCAAAACCAGAUUGAAGUGUUAGAAAAUGUCUUUAGAGUUAACUGCUAUCCUGGCAUUGACAUCAGAGAAGACUUAGCUCGAAAAUUGAAUCUAGAGGAAGACAGAAUCCAGAUCUGGUUCCAAAAUCGGCGUGCAAAGCUAAAAAGGUCCCAUAGAGAAUCACAGUUUCUAAUGGCGAAAAAAAAUUUCAACACGAAUCUCCUGGAAUAGAUAGAAAUCUAAACAUUUGAGAUUCUCUUACAAUUGCAGACCAUGAAGAAUCAAUGGAAAUAUCAAGUGAUA